GCCCAAGCUGAGAAUUUCCGGGCCGGGCUGGAAUGAUCACCCCCAGAGAGUGUCUCUCUCCACUUCUCCAGACUCCUGGUCAAGUGCAAGUGGUUUGGGUGAGAACUGAGAAAGCGAAAAUGGAGAGCUCUGUGUGGAGGCGACUGAAUUCUCUUUCUCGACAUCUCUUACUGCAAUCUUCCGAAGAUAAUAAUCGGGUUCUUCUACCUAAUUUUGCGAGGGCGGAGCAAGUACAAGAUGUGGAGUCAGAGCCUGUAAUUAUCGGAGGAAUGGUGUUAGACAUCCAUGCUACUCCUUCUAUCCCCGCCAAUCCCAGGACCACAACUCCUGGCAAGGUUCACUAUGUAACAGGAGGCGUAGCAAGGAAUAUUGCUGAGUGCAUGUCAAAACUUGGGACAAAGCCUUUUAUGAUUAGUGCUAUUGGGCUUGAUAUGGCAGGAAGUUUACUGUUGGAGCACUGGAAAACUGCUGGGCUUUCUACAGAAGGUAUCCAAAUGCAUCAAAAUAUUGAGACUCCUGCUGUUUGCAAUUUGUUUGACAUAAAUGGAGAAUUGGCAGCUGCUGUUGCAAGUGUAGAAGCAAUUGAGAAAUUUCUAACAGAGGAUUGGAUUCGACGCUUUAGGUGUAACAUAUGUGCUGCACCUGUAUUGAUGAUUGACGCAAACUUGAAUCCUGUGUCACUUGAAGCGUCCUGCCAAAUUGCAGCAGAAGCUAGCAUUCCUGUGUGGUUUGAACCUGUCUCAGUUGCAAAAUCCAAAAGAGUUGCUUCCAUUGCCAAGUAUAUAACUUUCACUUCACCUAAUGAAGAUGAACUUUUUGCCAUGGCAAAUGCUUUGUCAUGUGGGGAUAGGUUUGCUCCAAUUCAAAGGGUAGAUAAUGGCAGUUCACAAUCCAUAGAAUCGUAUUUCCAACUGCUAAAACCGGCAAUCUGUGUGCUUCUAGAGAAGGGUAUCAAACUGGUUAUUGUGACUCUCGGAUCGAAUGGGGCAUUUUUAUGUUCAGGAGGUGGGCCUGACUUCAUAAGUCUUGGUUUAAAGAAUGCCAAACCUAGCAGCUUGGGAAAAUUGCUAUAUGGACUUGUGACUUCGAGCUGUCAAAAUCAGUUUUUUUGCAGUACCGGACAGUUUGAGAGAAGUUCUCACCUUUAUGCAGUGCAUUUCCCUGCACCUUCUGCAUCAAUUGUGAGGCUUACAGGGGCUGGUGAUUGCUUGGUUGGUGGAACUCUUGCAUCUUUAUGUGCAGGUUUAGACAUGAUGCUAAGUGUGCCAAUUGGUAUGGCUGCUGCAAAAGCAGCUGUCGAGACACAGGCCAAUGUACCUUCUGAGUAUUCUAUGGCUACAAUUGCAGAUGAUGCCAGGAGAAUAUAUUCGGCUGCAAAAGUUUUGUUUGAUCAAUCAAUAGAGUAACUAGGCGCCAAAAAAAAUCAAUUGAGUAAUACUAGCCUAAUUUAUACAGUCAGUGAACAUAGUUCCCAUCCCACUGACUUGGAAUUGCUUAUUGCCCUGUAUAUUGUUGACGAUUACUCAACUCAGGAUCUAUAUUUUUAAGAUUCUGGAAAAGUUCCAAUGCUUGCCCUGUAUAUUCAAUACGUUCGAUUUCGAAUAUCGAAUGCAUUCUCAGAGCAAUACUUUUUUUUUCAGGUUGAUACUUUACAAACAAAUAUGCAAGGAUGCUAUUUAAUAUUUAAACCCAUUAUAAAGCCUUAACCAUUAAUUGGGUGGAUUUAAAAGCUUAUGCA